AUCGGGUCGGGUCGGGUCGGGAUUGUGGAUCCGAUAAGGGGAGGAGGGAGGGGGAGGAAGAGGGACAAUACGAUGGAUCCGGCGGAGAGGGCGGCGUUGCAGCGGCAGAAGAGGAUGAUUAAGAAUCGGGAGUCGGCGGCGAGAUCGAGGGAGAGGAAACAGGCUUAUACAGUAGAGCUUGAGUCUUUAGUGUCGCAAUUGGAGGAAGAGAAUGCUAGGCUUCUUCAACAGCAGGAGGAGUUUCGAAGGAAAAGGCUUAAAGAGCUCAAGGAGAAUCUGAUCCCAGUCACACAGGCGAAAAAACCACCCCGGUUUCUGCGAAGAACAAAAACAAUGAUUUGGUAGGGACGUUACGUCCCUUAUGCCUGCAUUGUUGUUUUUAGUUGUUGUUACCGACUCAAGGUGAAGGCAACCGAGCACUUGAAGCGGUCGCUUAUCUCUUGGAAAUUUUCUUUGGCUCGUGGCAAAACAAUAAAUACACCAUUCUCAUAUGCAAACAACCAAAGGUGAGAUCUGCCAGUGAGAAAUUCCGGAGGAACAAGGAUAGGACUCUGGUGUUCAAGAUCUCCCUUCUUUUCUUUUCUGUUUUGUUUAUACAUAUGCAGAUGCUUUGAAGAUUAAAUAAGCGGGCAAUUGUAGGAUUGAGAAGGGGCAAAAAGAAAGUAAAUUGAUUUCAGAACGUGUAUUUUUUUUCCCUCUAUAUGCUAGCAAUUCAAAGUUCAAUAUGAUUACGCCAUUAAUUUUCUUUCAAA